GGAGCAUGUUAGUCUGCGGCCUGCGGAGUGCACACUGAGGUGGGCGGAUCGGAGCGGUGACAGCGACGCUGGUAGACUCACUAAAAACUAUUAAAAAGCGGACUACUAACGCCAUGGCAGAGUUAGACCUGAGUCUGAGCGAUGCACUGACAGACAGCGUUCCCCAGCCAGGCCCGGAGAGCCUAGUGGAAAGGGACUUUGUGGCUCAGCUGGAAGCGGAGGCCUUCGAUGAUCAGGUGGGGGAAACUGUGGGAAAGACGGACUACAUUCCCCUGCUGGACACCGACGACACCAGGGCAGACAUGGGUACUACGUUGGAGAAUGGAGAGCAGGAAGCUCAUGGGGUGCAAAAGCCUGGUUGCAAGCUGACUGCGGGGGGACAGACAUCAGCGUUGUGCAAAGAACCCCAGGGAGAGGUUUGGCCACACUCACUUGACCAGCACCAGGCCUUGACUACAGACUUCUCAUCAGCCUCCAUGGCAGGUUAUUCAGAUCCUCUGGGCUCUCAAACCAGCCCUGCCCAAAUGAUGGAUGCUGGCCGGAUGGGAGCUUUUUCAGGUUUGUCCCAGCCUGGUGGGAUUGGGGUGAAUGUGGAGGUGGGGGCUGUACCCCUCUCAGCAGAGAGGGUUCAAAGUAUAGCAGAACCCCAGCAUCCCUCACACCCAGAGGGGUCAGAUGCCCCUGUAGAGCCCCACAGCCCCAUGCUCCCUGAACCCCAGGCUCCUUGCAGCCCUCAGGAUUUGUCAGCAGGUGCCUUAAGUGAAUGCUGGCCAGAUGAGGCUGGCUGCCUACCAACAGACCUCCCUUUCACCCCCAGUGUCUCCACGGUGAUCAGUCGCCAUGCAGGCUAUCUCGCAGUUAGCCCUGAUGACCCACCUGACAGUUGGCCUAGCAGAGAGAGCACUGCCUAUGCUGGAGGCGAUGAAAGGGGGGGAGAUGGAUCAGACCGAAAACAGAAGAAGAAGAAGAAAAGGCGACAGAAAGACGAGGGAUCUUAUGAACACCUGGAGAGCAGGGGUCUCCCUGAGGUGCAAGCACAGGGACAAAACACUUCACACACUUCUGCAGAGGAUGUCUACCACAGGAUUGGUCCAAGGCGUGAUAGAGGAGACUGUGGCUGGGAGGAGCAGCUAGGAAAGAGUGGAGGCCGGGGUAAGAGGGGAAAGAGCAGGAAGAAGCUUCCAGAGGAGUGGGGAGUGAUGCCAGAACCAUUUGUCCCUGCGUCAGCAGCGACCUCUCAAAUCACAGAUGAGGUGAUGACGGAUCUACAGUGUUCUGAUCAGGCAAACCUGGAGGCUUCAUUCGCAGACAUAAACACCAGCCAGACCCCCUGGAAAAGGGAGGUCUAUCCAGAAGAAGGCCUGGUCCCUUCCCCCAUGUCCCAGGACCUAUUCUCCCGAACAUCUCCUUCCAUCAACCCACUGGUCCUGAACAGCGAGCUGAAAGCCACAGCCGCUUCGUUCACUAUGCCCUCCACCACCAGCAGUGCAACACUUGGUUCCUUCAGCAUGGCUCCUUGCUCUGGAGAUCUGUUUGACUUCCUUAUGGAUACUGAAAAUGCCAGUUUGGGUAACAGCAGCCAGGCCUUUUUGCCAUCUUUCUCUCCAGAGAAUGAAGCAAUGCGUGGUGACAUGGUUGACAGUGGGAUGUUUGACAAUACCAGUUCCCUCCAAGAAUUUUGUGUGCAAGGCAUGCCUGACGGAGACACCUCAGCUUUCAGUCCUGCCUCCCAGCCAAGCCUUUCCCCAAAAGGAGAGGUGUUGGCCACUGCCCCACCUCUCUCACCUUCAGAUGCUUCAUGGCUUCUGAAUGACUCCCAAAUAAGCAGCAACAGCGAGCUAUUUGAUAUCAGUGACAUGAACAUUUCAUGUCAUCCUUUAACCUUUGGGCUGUCCUUAGAUACACCUAGCCCAGCCCCUCUCCGCUCCCCCAAAACGACAGCACAGGAAUUCCAACCCAAAGAGCACAAAGAUGCCAAAUCAGCCCAAAAGCAAUUCCAGAUGUCCUGCUCUCCAUCCUCUGUAAAGAGUCCCAACUCCUCAGGAUCUAAGUUCUCUCCACAAGCAUCCCCAGUCACCAGCCCCUCUUCCCCUGCAUUGGUCAACCCUCUGGUUCAAGUUCAAGGAUCUGGUCUUAACCCUGCAGCUAAACCCUUCUUUCCCAGCUUUGCUGAUCCCAUGGAAGAACCAGCCAUGGUCCCUCCAGUUAAUCCCAUCAUCGAAGUAAAAUCAAACACCAUGGUGAAGCCAGAGAAGAAGGAGGAGAAGCUGGAGGACAACGUAAAGAAGGUGGACCUGUUUGACCCUUUAGACAAUUUUCAGCAGAAGACUGUGAUGGUUGAAUUCACUAGCAGUGAGACUUCAGCCAAGAUGGAGAUAGGAACGGAGAAGGAAAAACAGAAAGAGACACUAAAGGAGAAGGACAAAGAGACAGAAAUGGUAAAAGAGAAGGAGAAAGAGGCAGCAAAGGUUAAAGAGGAGAAAGAGACAGAGAAAGUGAAGGUGACAGAGACAGAAAAGGGGAAAGACAAAGAGCAAGAGACAGAGAAAGUGAAGGUGACAGAGAAACAGACAGAAAAAGUGGAAGAAAAAAGGGAGACAGAAAAGGGGAAAGACAAAGAGCAAGAGACAGACAAAGUGGAGUCGGUGCAGGUAAAAGAAUCACCAGAUAUAUUGGCAAAGACGGAUAAGGUGGACAAAACAGAGAAAGUGGAAAAAGUGGAGGUUAAAGAAACACUAGAAAGCAAAGUGGUGAAAACAGAGAAUGUGGAGAAAGUGGACAACAUUGAAGAAAAAACAAACAAAAACCCUGAGAAGCUUGAGAAAACAGAGAUGAAGAAUGGCAAAGAGCAGCACAUGGACAAAGUGGAAAAGACCCCCGAGCAACAUCCGACACACGACAAGCUCGAUACCAGUUAUGAGCUGGAAAAGAAGGCUGACAUAGAGACAAAGAUGACAGCAGAGAUGAAAGAAACUGAAAAAGAGACAGCAGACACAGACGAAGCAAAGAAGACGGAGAAAGAGGAUGAGGUGGAGAAGACAUCUGAGAAGCCAGGGAAAAAACAGACGCAGAAGAGUGAAAAGGAAGAGAAGCAGGAUAAAAUGCAGGCCAACAAAAAGGUUGUGGAGAAAAAGGAUGGCAAGAAGGAGAAUGCUGCAAAAGCAGACGAAGACAAGGCCAAAAAAUCUAAACCUGUAACUAACGGAAGCAGGGCCACUCCAAGCAGAGACCUGGCAAGUGCAGAGAAGAAGGCCAAGGCUAAUGCUGGGUCAAACAAACCAAGUGCUGUGUCCAAAAUGCGGCCGAGUUCCUCUUCUGCUGGUGGUUCAGUCACAGGCCUUACUAAGCGCCCCACACCCUCCACCACCACCUCCAUCUCAGACAAAAAAACAACCACAGCCAGGGCACCAUCCACAGCCGCUGCUGGUCCAAAGCGGUCCUCCACCAGUUCUAGCGGUCACCCUGCCUCCUCAAACACCAUCACUACACGUGAUGUCAAACCCAAGACGACCACAGAGAAGUGCCCCCUUGUGCCAAAGGCCAGCACUGCCAUCUCAAAACAAGCAGGCUCCUCUGCUGCCACCAAAAAUGGAACCGCUAUCACAGCAGCCAGUAAAACCGCUACAUCAGUGCGUGCAAUGCCGUCUACCCGCACCACUAGUACCUCUGCAGCCAAAAGGCCUCUGGCCUCAAAGACAGACAGCAAACCAGGAGAGGAUAAGAAGCCUGCCGCUCUGAAGACUUUUACAGCCGACUCUACCAAGCCCAAGACCACCACCACCACCCGCAGCACUGCUUCUACCACUGCUGCCCUUCACACCCGCACCACAGCAGCCAAACUAGCCACACAGUCUUCCACCACUGGCACAGUACCAGAGAAGAAGCCCCCGGUGCCCCGUGCCUCCCGGGCUAUUUCCUCAACCACCACCACCACCACCACCUCCAGGGUGACAGCUCGCCCUGGCACAGCACCACCCCCCGACAUCCGUAAUGCCCGCUCUAAGAUUGGCUCAACAGACAACAUGAAGCACCAGCCUGGAGGAGGGAAGGUGUCAUCUGCAUCUAAGAGCAGGGCUGUCGCCUCCAAAGAAACGAGCCAGGGCAAAGUUCAGAUAGUCUCCAAAAAGGUGGACUUCAGCCACGUCACUUCACGCUUGGGCUCCAAGGACAAUAUGAAGCAUGUUCCUGGUGGAGGGAAUGUGCAGAUACUCAGCAAGAAGGUGGAUCUGAGUAAGGUGACGUCAAAGUGUGGCUCGAAGGACAACAUCAAGCACAAGCCUGGUGGUGGUGACGUGAAGAUUGAGUCCCACAAGGUGAGUUUUAGGGAAAAGGCUCAGUCCAAAGUGGGCUCCGUGGACAAUGUGAGCCAUUCACCUGGUGGAGGAAACAUCAAGGCUGAGGAGGCCCAGGAGACAACGGAGGGGAACGGGACUCCUUUGAGUGGCACCACAGCCUCAGCCCCAGGCUCCGAGCCAGGACUGGCAGAGGGCCCUGCUGCCCAGGAGAAUGGGCUGAAGCAGGGGGCUACCUGUGGUAGUGAAGGCCUCCAGGAGCCCCAAGCUCUGGACUCACUCAUCCCAGAGACAAGCAUCUAAUUCUGCUGUCCCUCUGCCCUCCUCAUCUCAAUCCCUGACAACAUCACCUCCUCCCCUGCCCCACCUUUUCCUAUCUAACUUUCUUCUUCCCUGUCUUUUCUGCCCUUUUCUUUCCAACCUUUCUGCUGCAGAUUGAGUGUUUCGAGCUCAACUUCCUCUGGAACGCUCGCUUUCGCACGGACCACGGCGCUGACAUCAUCCCCUGGCCAGCCCCCCCCCCCCCCCCCCCCCCACAAGGACAUCAACAGUUCCCACCCACUCGGUUCCUUCUUUUCUCUACACCAGAACCAAAACCGGACUCCUCGUGGUGUCUCCCUCGUUGAAUCAUUGGCUUCUGCGAGCUGUGUCAGAUCCUCUGCCCCUCCGAAAACCCCAUUUAUCUUAAAUCUGUCGUUACAAAUGUUUUAAUCAUCCAACAGUUCUACCACUCUAGUAUCAAAACUUAAUGUUAUCAUGCUUCUUCUCUCACAUCUGAGCUCAUCAUCAUGCGCCAUCAUUGCCAUCCCUACCUUCCUAUUUUUGGCUGAAGUGACUGUAGACUAAGCUUGGGCCUUGGUAGGAAUCUGCGUGGAGGAAAAUGAGGGGCUUUUCUCACAUAUUUGGUUGUGUCUUCUCAAAGUUGGCUGACCUGGAAUCAAUUACAUGGAUCCUCUUUACCCACAGCCUGGUGGUGGACUCCGACCCUCACCUCCACACACCAAAUAACAGCAGCGUGCAAUUCAUAUGUCAACUGAGCAGCACAGAAAUCCUCUCGGACUCACCUAUGACUAUCAUACACAUAUCGUCUCUUUUCCUUGUGACCUUUGAGGCUGUUCCCAAUAACCACUUACUCUCUUCUUCAAUAACAUCAUGGUAAUUCAUUAUCCAUCUCAUCUGCUUCAUCGCUUCUUCUCUCCUUAAUAUCACUUACGAUAAACAAGCUGACAAAAAAAGCUAGACAACAAGUAGGCUGUUUGAAGCAUUUUAGGCUGUUUAAGUCUGUAUUCUCUGUGUUCGUGAUGAUGUGUUUGAGUGACAAAGAUGUUAAAAAUUUUGCUUUCGUGUUCUGUUCGGAUCUUCUGUUUUUCUCGUUUUCUUUCUUUCUUCCUAGUUUCUAUAUUUUAAAACAAUGUUUUAUUUAUUUAUUGUAUUUGUCUUCCUGUACAAGCAAUUCAGUGGGUGGUCGUUUUUCCCAGUAGCACUCAGAUAACUCUUGGAAACACGCACAGAUUACCAAGACACACAGUGAAGGAAAUGAUAUUCAGAGGGAGGAAGAAAGUAAGUGCUGCCAAGGCUGAAAAUGGAUAUGUUUAUGACAAAAAGUGAAAGACAUGUUGAAAAGUGUUUGAAAGGCAAUAGAGGGAGUUUGCUAAACUAGAGAAGCUGAGCCUGCAGUCCAGAGGGAGAUGAGGAAGAUGUCUAAAUGUCGCAGAUAGCAAACGUCUCUGAAGUCAAAGGAGCUGUGUGUCUCAUAUGUGCCUCCUGUCCUUCUUACCUGAAUAUUGCAAUAAAUGUGGACGAUGCAGGCUCAAGCCAAAAACUGCUCAGAGAAAGAAAAUAUCAUAGUUAACUGAAUGGACAUAGAACAUUGCUGUGAGGGUUAUGGUAGCAUGUUGUUGGGCAGUUGAGAAAGGUUCGACUGAAUACAAAAACAUAGUUAACAUGUGUAGGGCACUUUCUUGUUGAAGUAAUGGCAGUGGAACAUGAUGUGGCUUUAUCUUCUUCUUUUGUAACAAUGUAUUCAAUUAUUGCCUUUAUAAUGCAUUGGCAGAUCAUUUUAUAUCAUGCCCAGGGCUGAAAGCCUAUGUGCAGUAUGACUCAAAGUGUUGUAGUUUUACCAUAUGUGUAUCUCUGGGGCAAUCCUACAAAGUUGAUAUGUUGUUACCGUAAAACAUCAAUUAAUAGGCCGAUCUUUUAUUUGCUUUAAUCACUGGACUCACCCUACCUCUAUUUGGGACCGGCCUUUAAUUCCUUUCUCACAAAACUCUUGCUCAGCAAAGAUGGGAAAUAGGCUAAUAUCAAGUUCUUUAUUUAAACCAGUAUGACUAUUAUUUACUUAAUAAAAAUCAGGCUAUCGAAUAACAUCAAAGAAGAUCAUGAAUCUCACCAAACAUUUGAUCCCAACCGUUGUUUUAACUUGUCGACGCUAUGGACACAUUUCGGUUGAUCCCAAUAAAGUUCAGUCACCAGUGCAAAUGAUAGCAUACAGUAUAUAUGACUUCCAGUUUUGAUUGUGUUUGCGUUACACUUUUGUUUAAUUUUAGUAAAGAUUGCCAAUAAAGAAAAUUCAACAAAAAUCAAGCAGGAUUAUGGCACAUACCUUGGCAGAUUUUGUUGAUUUUCAGGUCUUCAUUUUUAAAUUUAAAGCCCAAAGCUCCAUUGACUGCUCCGACAUCAAACUACAAAAACACUCCUGAGUUUUUCUAUUCAAAUUGUAAUAGUAAUCAUUUGUAAAGAAGCCUUGACAGAACUAAAUUGCACCUUAUUGCUUUAAUAUAUCAAAGAGGGCUCACCGUGAUGGAGUGGUUGUAUUUAAUUAACCAUCACCCGUCUCUGAACAAGUGAUCAUAAAUGACUUAAUUAUGAAUGACCUUUUGCAUGAUGACAUGAAUAGAGCAAUAAACUUAAUUACAGUGGCCUCAUUUUUCCUCUACUUUUCAAUCAUAAAACGCAGUUCAACUCAGAAUUUGUAAUUAUUUUGCUUUACAGUGGAAACCCUUCAUAAAAUCUUUUUUUUUUUUUCUUUAUAUAAGAAAAUUAAGGCUUUUACAAAAUGUCAAUUUUUUGGACAGAAACGGGCAAUAUUAAUUAAUGUCUUCUAAAAGUGGGAAUGUUCCAAAUGCAGAUGUUUGAAUGCUUGUUUGCCAGUUGAGCAUUGAGUGACGGAAUCAAAUAGGUCACUUGCUUUGUUUGUGCCACGGCUGCUGCCUAGUUAAAUUUGUCCUGGUGCCUAUCCACAACCAGGUUUUAGCUUUGCUUUUACCCCAGAGUUUUUACUUACCAUUACCUAUGAAAUUGCACACGGAUGUAUAUAGAUAUUUUGUUGUUGAUGCACUCUUUUUGGCCCUAAAAAAAGACAGUAUAGCAUCAGGGGGGUUUGGUGGGUGGGGGGGUUUAUGGAUUGUUCAAUACCGUUUUUAUGUCCAUGUACCUUCAUGGUUCUAAGGGGAGAAAGUGUUUUAUCAUGACUAUUAUUCUGAUUAUUAGUCUGACAAAUUGAAAAGGUCUGCCUUUUUCAUUAGAAAGGGGCCACUGAAGUGAAAGAAAAUCUUAUGAGAUAUAUUGUACUAAAGACGCAACACUUUUGUAUAUGUAUUUAUCGUUGUGUUCCUGUAGCCUCACGGUGGGUCUGCUUACCUGAUUAAAGGGAUUAUACUUUUGAUUUGUGACCAGCCAGUUUCACAAACUGUGUCCAAGGGUGUGCACAACAAGAUCUGAACCCAAUACAACACUUAUAGUCAAGCUGCUGUUAGUGCUUAAGUAAAAUUUACUUAGAUAGAUUUUAUUUAAGCACUCUAACAGCAGCUUUAUUAAGAAAUGUCGAUCUGGCAACAUAAAGCUUGAUUUUUUAUUUUUUAUUUUGUAGUGCACAAUAAUGCUUACACACAGUUCAUGCCGCAAGCAGUCUAUAGAUGAAGAAUGUUCUGACUAGCUGGUAAAUUUAUCGUUCAGGACACAGUGACCUCUGCAGGUUUACAUGAUUAAAGAACAAAGCUGAAUGGGACUAAAGCUAAUGCACUUGAAUCACGACAAUUUACAUCACAGUGGGCACAGGGAAUUUCUUGUCCAAGCAAGCACUAAGUGUAAAGGUCAAUGUAUCGGCCUAUGAAUUUGUUUACUGCAUAUCAAAAUAUUGGCUGCUACCUAUGGCACUCAAAAACAGCAGUCCUGAAAAAAUCACAUAUCCCUAACAUAUCUUUGUCUAGGUUAAGAAGGUUAAGUUUAGUUUUGAGGUUUGUGUAAUAAAUGCUCAUCAGUAAUAUAUCCAAGGAACAUUGUAGAGCUUCAUCUACAGCCAUGGCAUGCAUACCAGACAUACAAGAGCGACACUAGCUAAUAAACACAUACUGUACCUGCAAAGCAUGAUGAAAAACAAUGAGGUGUGUUAACUGGGCGACUUAUAUAGUUUAAAGAACCUCCUUGUUUUUUUGUUAUUUUAUCUUUUCCAUUCAUUUGAAUUUUAUUUUUUGGUUUGAAAAUAAAGUGUUAAUUGUGAUUACUUGUUAAUUAGUGAUGUGAUUGUUGAACAUGAAAUAAAAUGGACUAAAAUUCU